AUGAGAAAAAGGUUACGCCUUUCACAAAACCCGAGCGAUCAACAUCACUUCAAUCCGGAUGAUAUUGUAAGCAGAAUGCCGGAUGAAAUUCUGGUUUAUAUUCUGUCCAGAUUGCCUCUUGUAGAUGCAGCUGUCACCAGCCAGCUAUCAAGAAGAUGGAGGUACAUGUGGUGCCAAACACUUAAAUUAGAUCGUGAGGAUGACUACAAAAUGUAUGUGAUAAAAUGUCUUAGAGUUCUCAUCUUGAAGUGUGUUAACGUCAAUGAUGAAGCCAUUGGAAAAAUUCUGAGGAAUUGUCCGGUUCUUGAACAUCUUCGCAUUUGUAACUCAGGCCAGUUGGUGAAUGUUAAUGUCAGUGGGCCAGCGCUUGCGCUAACUAAACUUGAGAUACAAUCCUGCUUCCAACUUCAGUCCGUCGAAAUAUAUGAUUCAAACCUUGUUUGGUUUGAGUACUUGGGUAUAGCAAUAGAUAUAAAACUCCAUAAUAAUCCAAGACUUAAAACGAUAUCUAUUGGUGAAGGAUAUAAUGGGAUACAAAAAAAUACGUUCCAACAGAUAUCUUGUGUCAAGUACCUUGAGGUUCUUGAAUUCCACAUUUUUCAUCCAAAGAAAGAUACGGACCUUAUUUCUUUCCCCGAGCUGCCUACAGUGAAGAAAUUGUCAAUGAUAGUAGGAGCAAAUAAUGAUGAUAGUCUCCUUGCGUUGACUUGGUGGGUAAAACUAUGCCCAAACUUGCAGAAAUGUACAAUCCAGCUGAAAUGGACAUGGAAACGUGUGAGGAUCGAAAGGCAAAUACAGAAGUGGGUUAAGCAUACCCAUCAUCACCUCGAGGUGGUGGAAAUAAUUGGGUUUCAUGGGGGUAUCGGUGACCUUGAACUGGCUUUAUAUUUCUAUGAAAGUUGUAUUGCACUGAAGAAGAUCGUGAUUGAUCCUACUUAUCAGCUUCUUGAAAAGCGGGGGCCCGUUGGCAGCAUAACUGAUGAAUUGCAAGAGAAUAAAGCUAGAUUUGCUGCACACCUUUUGCUGCACAAUAGAAUAGCUGGUGAUAAAUUGGUUAUAGUUUAA